CCUAUGAAAUAUUUUCAAAUUUUGCCGCCAGGGGAAAAUGCCCCCUUUGCCACUUGUUAAACAUGCCUCUGUACUUAUUACAUGUAAUUAUUGGAAUUUACAAUGAAAUCGAAUGACACGACCAACCUGAAAGGCUGAACCACGGUCUUAGACCGUGGGCUGAACUAUCUUUAGGUAUAGACCAAAACCGAACGUACGACGUAGAUUAUUGUGUAGUUCGUGAAUAAACGAGUUGAAUGUAUUUCUGCACGUAUCUGCGCAACUACACAAUCGUGCGCAAUAAUUAUGGCAUAAUAUAGGUCAACGGGCAUAAAAUAUAUGGAUAUAACGACUUGCCAGGCUCUAAUGAUUUCUCCGACAACCACGCAUUCCCCACUACCACGCGUAGCGUAGGGUUCCCGACUAAUUAUAUGACAAAAAACUCAAUUUACUCGAACGAUAUAUAUCUUAUCAGACCGUCGCUCCUCACUCGGUCAAGUGUCAACUGUCAAAACGAUCAAAAAAACUCUUGACUCUCGGGAAAGUGCACGCCUUAUUAUAGUGAGUUCGGUCGCGUAUUUAUUAUAAUAUAACAGUAAUUGUACUAUAAUAUUAUAUAGGUAUACCGUACUUUAGUGCCACCGUUUAGGCUAUACUGGUUUACGGUAAACUACCUUAUGAUUUUUCUAGUAUAAUAAUGAUAAUAAUAAUAACAAAAUUUAAAUUUAAAAAGUGAAAGUAACACGGACGUCUUAUCAUCAGCUACAUUUAUAAAUUAAGCUUUUAAAUUAUAAAAAUUAUACCAUUAUAAUAUACCUAAAUAUUGUAUCGUAUCAUAAUUCAUAAUAUAGGUAAGAAAACAAAUAAAUAUAUAUAUAGAUUUUUCUCAUAUAAACAUAUUAUAUUGACAUAUUUACGGAAAAUUUAAGAGCCAAGUAUAAUAUAGUGAUACAAUUUUAUUAAGGUCGAUCAAAGUUGUACUUUUGUUGUGCUGAGUCCAAUUUCUUUUCGAUAACACUUGGCCAUUGCUCAAUAGAUUACGUUCGAACUGUAUAAUUGUUUUUAUCUUAAUACAAAAUGAAUACCUAAUUAUUCUAAUCAGUCUUUCGUCUUUACUUAUACGUUAAACGUUAAUUGUUACGUUUCGUUACAUGCACAACAUUACAAAACAGUUUUAGUGUCUAUUGUUUUACUCGAUUAUUUGAAAACUAAUAAAUUGUGCUCGUUAUUUUUAAUCAAAAAUUAAAUAUGUCACUGCAAAGGCUAAAUAAAUUUGUCAGAUGUUCGGCAAACUACAAUGUAUGCCGUUAUGUCAAGUCACAAUUAGAAUUUUCCCAAUUUUUGAGGUUGUCUGUGAAUUCAAAGAACUUUUCCACCGGCCAAAAUAUGUCGUCGAAUCAGAAGGUAUUAAAUUUAGACAAUAUGAACCCAAACGUAAGGAUAAUGGAAUACGCUGUUCGAGGACCGUUAUUGAUAAGAGCUACAGAAAUUGAAAACGAAUUGAAAAAGGGUAUUGAAAAACCUUUUAAAGAAGUGCUUAAAGCAAAUAUUGGUGAUUGCCAUGCAAUGGGACAAAAGCCAAUUACAUUCAUACGCCAGGUUUUAGCUUUGGUAUCUCAACCAGAACUGUUGGAAGAUGAUCGAUAUCCUGAAGAUGUUAAAGAACGUGCAAGAACUAUAUUAGAUGGAUGUCGCGGUGGAAGUGUUGGUUCUUAUACUGAUUCUCCAGGAAUAGAAAUAAUAAGAAAACAUGUUGCCCGAUAUAUUGAACGUCGAGAUGGUAUUCCAUGUGAUUAUUUAAAUGUCCUCUUGUGUGCUGGUGCAUCAGAUGGAAUAAAAGCUAUUCUACGAUUAUUGGUUGCCGAUGUUGAUGGAAAAAAACCUGGUGUAUUAAUUCCUAUUCCACAAUACCCAUUAUACUCUGCUACAUUAGCAGAGUUUAAUGUAAAACAGGUUGGAUACUUUUUAGAUGAAAAUAAAAAUUGGGGUUUGGAUGUGAAUGAAUUAGAACGAUCAAUAACUGAAGCACGCAAACAUUGUAACCCUAGAGCUAUUGUGGUUAUUAAUCCCGGCAAUCCAACUGGCCAAGUAUUAACCAAAGAAAAUGUGGUGGAUGUUAUUAAAUUUGCAUAUAAAGAAAAAUUGUUCUUACUUGCUGAUGAGGUAUAUCAAGACAAUGUGUACGCGGAAGGAAGUACAUUUUAUUCAUUUAAAAAAGUAUUAACUGAAUUAGGAUCUCCUUAUAGUGAAAUGGAAUUGGCAUCAUUUAUGUCUUGUUCUAAAGGUUAUAUGGGAGAAUGUGGUCUAAGAGGUGGUUACACAGAAGUGAUUAAUUUGGAUCCGGAAGUUAAAGCAAUGUUACUCAAAUCUGUGUCAGCUAUGUUAUGUCCUACAGUUCUUGGCCAAACUGUGAUGGACUGUGUUGUAAAUCCUCCACAACCAGGUGAACCAUCGUAUGAGAGUUUUCAAAAAGAAAAAAAUUGCGUACUAAAAUCUUUAGCAGAAAGAGCUAAAUUGGUAGCUGAUACAUUUAAUAGUAUUCCUGGGAUGUCUUGCAAUCCAGUGCAAGGCGCAAUGUAUGCUUUUCCAUUAUUCAAGUUACCUGAAAAAGCAAUUAAAGAAGCAAAAAAUCAAGGAAUUGAACCCAAUGCAUUCUAUGCGUUUCAACUUUUGGAAAAUACUGGUAUUUGUAUUGUGCCUGGAUCUGGAUUUGGACAAGUUGAAGGAACUUAUCAUUUUAGAACUACAAUCCUUCCUCAGCCAGAUAAAUUGAAAAAUAUGUUGGACAAUUUCAAAGAUUUUCAUUUAAAAUUUUUAGAACAAUGGAAAUAAUAUUUAAAAAGUAAAAGAGUAUCACAAUAAGUAAAUUAUUAUUUAAGUAGAAAUAAAAUACUAAUUACAUUUAAAUUCUACAACUGAUACAAAAUGUAAGUGGUUUAUCUAAAAUGUAUGCUAAACUUACAGUAUUUAUUUUUAUUUUAACUUAAUUUUAUUUUAGCCAGAGAUUUAGUUAACUAAUAUUAAUAUUAACCUAGUAUAAUUUAAUUAUAUAUUGCAGUUUACUAGGUAUUUACUAUUGUUUCAUUACCAUAUAGAAUUGUUCCUACAUAAUUUAUACAAAACAAUUAAUUACUAUUCAUUUUUAAUUUGUUGCCAUUAACGUUAAGGAAAUGGAUAUUGUAUCUUAAAUUAUUUUUAUGUUUACCAUUAACAUAAUCACCAUUUACCAAGACUGUUCAAGAAUAAAAAAAAAAGUUCCCGGUUCUUUAAAUACUAUUUUUUUGUUUUUAAUCACAAUUUUAUUCUGAUGUGGACAUUUUUACCCGCGUACUUAUUCAUGUAUUCAUACUAGAUUUAAUUUUACAUAAAACUGUUAACAACAUAACAAACAAAUUCUACAAGAUAUCAAUUAGUUUUACUAGUCUAAAUUUAAUUUUAAUUGUAUUUGUUGAUAAUUCAUUAUUCAAAACUUGAUAAAUCAAUAUUAGUUUAUACAAAUCUUAUCUAAUUUUAUCAGAAAUUUUAAUAAUUUAAAACAAUAUCUUCUUAUUAAAAAAAUACCAAAAAUCUGUUAUCAAAUCCAUCCUUGCGUUACUUAAUUUUUUUUUUUCUUAAAGUGUACCAUUUUUAUUUUUACAUCUGAGUUAUUUCUAAAACAAUUGUGUUUAAAAAAAUAUUUUAAUGCAUGUAAUAUAUUCUUUAAUUAUAAUUGAUUAUUUUGUAUUAUUGUAUGUAAUAUUAUUAUCCUUCAUAAACAAAUUAGGUGUGUUUGUAUUCAAUUAAAUAUUGUUAAAAGCUUACAAUUUAAUAUUUAUCAUAGUAAUUUAGAAUAAUAAUAUCAGAAUAAUUGUAUUUGAUAUUAUAUUAUUCUUUUUUUGUUAUAUAACUAACCACCAUUUAGUUUAUUAUGUACUAUCUACUAUACUCAAUUCUACUACUUAUUUAUGUUUAAAUAAAUUUGUUAUGUAAAAAUACACCUUAAAAAGUAACCUUUUA